AUGUCCAGCCACGACGAGUACUCCUCGGACGAAGAAGACUUGUUUGACUCUCCCCAGUCCGAUGUUUUUCUUGGAUUCAUCGAUAUCGGCAUUGGCGAGGACGACGAAUACCCCACAAUCGAAGACACCUUCAUCGGAGGACAGCCCAUCUGGCCCCACCCUGAGCUGAAGCCCAAGGAGGAGGACUUGAAAUGUGACAAUUGCGGCAGCUUCAUGGCGCUUCUUGCCCAGGCCUACGCUCCGUUGGACGGCAAGGCGUACGACAGAAUGAUCUAUGUGUUUGGGUGCAAAAACACGGCCCAGUGCUCGAGAAAGAGAGGAAGUAUCAAGGCCAUCAGAGCCAUUAACAAGGACCCUGCUAUUGCCGAGAAGAUAUACGAGGAGCAGCAGGCGGAGGCUCAGAAGGCGUUGGACGAGAAGCUUCGGUUGGAAGAUAAGCGCAAGUUUCAGAUCGAGAUGACCAAGGACUUGUUUGAUCUGACCAAGCCCACCGGGGCCCAGGAAAACCCAUUUACUUCUCUGGCUGCUUUUGGCGGUGACGCCAAGGCUAACCCUUUCACCAGCUCGAAUCCAUUUGGAAAGGCUGAUCCGUUCAAGAAGGACGAAAAGGCAGAAAAGCUAAAGACAGAAAAGACAGAGAAGCCAGCCAAGGCAAGCUACGCUGACGCUUCCAAGGCCGCUAAGCCCGCCACCCCCGCUAAGAAGCUGGUGUCCGUCGAUCUUCCAGAGUACCCUGGCUACAUUCUUUUCACGGAGAAGGAGAAGCUCAAGAGAGUGACGCUCGAGCCUGAGUUGGAAAAGUACAAGCAUUUGAUAGAAGAAACCACCGAGGAAGAAGGACCCAGCAAGGGCGGCAAAAAGGAGAGAACGCUUUCUUCGUCCAGCUCCUCGCUGGCUGUCAACCAGACCAACCAGAUCUCCAAGAUGCUCGACGACAAGUUUUUCGAAAACUUCACCUCCGUCGUCAAUCACAACCCCACACAGGUGCUUCGAUACGACUUGGACGGCCAGCCUGUGCUCUACAGCGGCAAGGACGAUGUGGCCAAGCAGGUGAGUGAAAAGACCGUUCCUGAUCCAGCAUACAAUCCGUCAUCCAAGAGAAGAUUCGAGCUUCAGCUCAUGCCCAAGGCGAUUAUGGACCUUGAGGGCGAGGGCGCUUCUGUGGCUGAUAUCUUGAAUGGUAUGUCGUGGGGCACCAUUGUGGUUUACACGGACGAGGAGGACUACAUGCCCAGUUUGGACGAGAACCAUGUGGGAUACGUGAGAGAGUACUGUGGUGUGCAGUGGGAGGAGAGUGUUGACAGGUCACAGCAGGCCUAG